CUCCGGCCUCGACUGCCCAUUUCUACAUCUGCCAUUGAGUAGCAGGACCCUCACACACUGUCAAGAUGCUGGCUGCUCGAUCCUUCGCCUCCCCCGCGCGGCAAUGCCUCCGCCAGGCCAACGGUAGCUCGCGCUGGGCGCCCGCACUCGCACAGGCUUCCUUCCGCAGCUAUGCCACCGAGGUCGCCAAGUUCCACGGCACCAAGGGCAGCGACGGCAAGUACAUGGUGACGCUCAUCGAGGGUGACGGCAUCGGGCCCGAGAUCGCGCAGUCGGUCAAGGACAUCUACUCGGCCGCCAACGUGCCCAUCAAGUGGGAGUCGGUCGACGUGACCCCGCGCCUCAACGCCGACGGCAAGACGGUCAUCCCCGACGAGGCCAUCGCCAGCGUCACCCGCAACCUCGUCGCCCUCAAGGGCCCGCUCGCGACGCCUAUCGGCAAGGGCCACGUCUCGCUCAACCUGACGCUGCGCCGUACCUUCAACCUCUUCGCCAACCUGCGCCCGUGCCGCUCCAUCCAGGGCUUCAAGACACCCUACGAUGACGUCGACACGGUCCUGAUCCGCGAGAACACCGAGGGCGAGUACUCGGGCAUCGAGCACGUCGUGGUCGACGGCGUUGUGCAGAGCAUCAAGCUCAUCACCCGCGAGGCCUCGGAGCGCGUCCUGCGCUACGCCUUCCAGCACGCCCGUGAGAUUGGCAGGAAGAAGGUCCGCGCCGUGCACAAGGCCACCAUCAUGAAGAUGUCUGACGGUCUCUUCCUCAGCACGGCCCGCGAGAUCUCCAAGGAGUUCCCCGACAUUGACUUUGACGCCGAGCUGCUCGACAACACGUGCCUGAAGAUGGUCACUGACCCCAUCCCAUACAACGACAAGGUGCUCGUCAUGCCCAACUUGUACGGAGACAUUCUGUCCGACAUGUGCGCUGGUCUCAUUGGCGGUCUUGGUCUGACUCCUUCCGGAAACAUUGGUGACAAGUGCUCCAUCUUCGAGGCUGUCCACGGUUCCGCGCCCGACAUUGCUGGCAAGCAGCUCGCCAACCCUACCGCGCUCCUUCUCAGCUCCAUCAUGAUGUUGCGACACAUGGGUCUCACCGCAGAGGCCGCCAACAUCGAGCAGGCCAUUUUCAAGGUUCUUGCCGAGGGCAAGACCAUCACCGGCGAUCUCGGCGGCAAGUCCAAGACCUUCGAGUACGCGGAUGCGGUCAUCAAGGCACUGAAGAAGUAGAUUACGUUUAUUGACUGAUGAGCAUCUGAAGUUCUGGGAUGGUAGCGAUUGUAUAUUUGUGGACACGGAACAGUCAUUGUAGAUAACAUCUGUCUGCUAUUAUUUGAUACCUC